GUCAAAUCUAUCUGGUCAAAUCGGAAAGCGGCCAUUGUUUUUGUUGGUUAUAUUUUUUCCCAGUGUUUCCUUUAUAAGCGAACAAUAUUUAGAAAAUAUAAAUUUUCAGUUCCAAAAUGGCUUCAACAAGUCAAGAUUCGCAGUCUACGAUUGCGCAAAAAACAUGGGUAAUGGCAAACAAUAUUGAAAAUGUGUCUAGCGUGGAUGAAAUCUAUCGUUAUGAUAAAAAACAACAACAAGAUAUCCUUGCAGCCAAACCCUGGGAGAAAGAUCCACACUUCUUCAAAGACAUAAAAAUCUCUGCUUUAGCAUUAUUGAAGAUGGUUAUGCAUGCUCGUUCUGGAGGCACAUUGGAAGUUAUGGGACUGCUGUUAGGUAAGGUGGAUGCAAACACAAUGAUUGUGAUGGACUCAUUUGCUCUGCCAGUGGAGGGUACUGAGACCAGAGUCAACGCUCAAGCUCAAGCCUAUGAGUACAUGACUGCUUAUAUUGAAGCUGCAAAACAAGUUGGCCGCCAUGAGAAUGCCAUUGGUUGGUACCACAGUCACCCAGGCUACGGUUGCUGGUUGUCUGGCAUUGAUGUCUCCACACAAAUGCUCAACCAGAACUUCCAGGAGCCAUUCGUAGCCAUCGUCAUCGACCCCGUCAGAACUAUCUCUGCUGGAAAAGUUUGUCUUGGAGCUUUUAGAACUUACCCUAAGGGCUACAAACCAGCCAAUGAGGAGCCUUCAGAGUAUCAGACUAUUCCCCUCAACAAGAUAGAAGAUUUCGGUGUCCAUUGCAAACAGUACUACUCCCUAGAAGUGUCAUAUUUCAAGUCCUCACUAGACCGUAGACUGCUGGACUCACUGUGGAACAAAUACUGGGUGAACACUCUUAGCAGCUCCAGUCUCAUCACCAAUGCCGAUUACACUACUGGGCAGAUAUUUGACUUGUCCGAUAAGUUGGAACAAAGUGAAGUGUGCUUAGGCCGCGGCGGCUUUAUCGUGGCAGGCGCCGAUCCGCACGAGAAGCGGACUGAAGACAAACUCGGCAAGGCGACCAAAGAUGCGUGUAAGACUACCAUCGAGGUGAUCCACGGCCUGAUGGCGCAGAUGAUCAAAGACAGGCUGUUCAACAGUGUCAGCGGCCGCCCUGCCCCCGCCACGCCCAUGAUAGAGUAACUUUAAUGUAAAUAUCUUGCUUCUUAUAACUGUAUUGUACUGUAUUCUCUUAUAUAAGGUAAUUAAAUUGAUACAAAUAAUGUAAAACUCCA